AGCAAGGGGGAACAUUCGGAGGCACUUCAAAUACGAUGGCUAAAUCAAGUUCAUCAGUUGGUAGAGCCAGAGGCCCUUCUGUGAUUUCCAUAAUACUUGUUCUUGGGCAGCUGAUGGCCAGCUUUGAAACAACAGGCGCCCAAAUUGGUGUAUGUUAUGGAAUGAAUGGAGACUUACCACCCCAAGCAGACGUUAUUGCUCUCUACAAGAAAAAUAACAUCCGAAGAAUGCGAUUAUAUGAUCCGAACCGAGCAGCUCUUGCAGCCCUCAGAGGCUCUGACAUUGAGCUCAUGUUAGGCAUACCAAACGAUCAACUUCAAAACAUUGCUUCAAGCCAAGCCAAUGCAAAUACAUGGGUCCAAAACAAUGUCAGAAACUAUGCCAAUGUAAGAUUCAAAUACAUUGCCGUAGGAAACGAAAUCAAGCCCUCGGACUCGUCUGCGCAAUUUCUGGUCCCGGCCAUGCGGAACAUUCAAAAUGCGAUUUCCAGUGCCGGUCUUGGAAACCAAAUCAAAGUUUCCACCGCCAUAGACACCGGUGUGCUUGGAAAUUCCUUUCCUCCAUCAAAAGGAGAAUUUAGGGGUGACUAUAGCCCAAUUUUGAAUCCUGUUGUCCGGUUCCUGGUGGACAACAAAUCUCCGCUACUGGUUAAUUUGUAUCCUUAUUUUAGUUAUAUUGGCAACACUCGUGACAUUCGUCUAGAUUAUGCUCUUUUCACAGCUCGGUCAGUUGUAGUACAAGAUGGCCAACGUGGUUAUCGUAAUCUUUUCGAUGCCAUUUUGGAUGCUGUUUAUGCUGCGCUUGACAAGGUCGGUGGAGGAUCUUUGGACAUUGUUGUAUCGGAGAGUGGUUGGCCGACAGCUGGUGGGACGGCAACAACAGUUGAUAAUGCGAGGACUUAUAACUCGAAUUUGGUUCAACAUGUGAAGGGAGGGACUCCAAGGAAGCCUGGAAGGCCCAUUGAAACUUACAUCUUUGCCAUGUUUGAUGAGAAUAGAAAGACCCCAGAGCUUGAGAAACAUUGGGGGCUAUUCUCCCCUAACAAACAGCCUAAAUACCCAAUCAAUUUCAACUAAUUAAUAUUAGCAACUAAAUGUACUGUGAAAAUAAAGGGAGGCUGUGGUUUGCAAUUAUCCCCACUGAAUAAAAACUGCAAAGUUACAUAUGCAGUUCCAUAAAAAAUGUAAGGUGACUCAAGGCCUAGAGAACUUCAAAUUUAUUUUUGACUUUGUAAUAUCUCAGUCUGAAUAAACAAAAUGAAUACCGUUAAUAUACUGAGAAAUAAAUGGUUUUCGUAUG